AUGGAGGUUGUAUAUAAUUUCCAAAAUAUUUCUGGAGGUAAUAUGACAGCAGACCAAGUCCGAAAGACAAUUAAAGAGUUUGAAAAGUGCACAUCAAAUAAAGAAGAGAUUCACCAAUUUUGUCAAAAGUUGUGGAUUGAUUAUCAUAAUUAUCAGUUAACUAUAGAUGAUGACUAA